CUUUUCCGGUUUGACUCCUCACAACAACAGCGCCGCCAUUUUCGAAAGAGUUAGCUCUGUGACCGGUUGUAUGUAGAAAAUGAAUCAAAUCGAAGAACGCCUCGCAGAAGCAGUCCGAAAAUAUGAACACCUAUAUGACACCUCGUUGAAAGGCCAUAAGGACGCCAAAAUGGCAAAGAAUUCCUGGGCAGAAAUAGCAACGAAUUUAGGCUUGUCUGUCCCUGACUGCAUUAAAAAAUGGAGGUCGCUGAGGGACCAAUUCGUUCGUAUUCGACGAAAGAUGACCAGCAGCAGUGGGGAUGCAGGCGGUCAUAAAAAGGUCCUCGCGCUCAACACUUCACUCUCCUGGCUGGGACCCCACAUAAAGCAUCGGGAGACGUCAUCAAACGACGAUGUGAAGGAACUUACCUCAGAAGGAAGAGACAAUGGAGGCCCAUUGGAGCUAUUGUCGCCCAGUGUAUCACCAAUUGAUGACCGCCAGUCAUCCACCUCAUCUUCCCCCCUGGAAUCCAGAUCAUCCUCCCCUGCACCAUCAAAUUCAUCUACAUCAGUAACGUCCACUCAGCUAACCACUCUCCCACCUGCAUCCACUCCUCCAGUCUCCAUGUCACCUCAGCUGCCCACCUUCCUAUCUCCAGUCUCCAAGACAGAGCCAUCUCCUCUGUGCCGCACGGGACGGAAAAGGCAAAGGGAGCAGCAGGAGGACGACAAUUUUACACAGAAAUUGGACCAGUUGGAAGAGAGCAUGUUGCUGAUGCACAGGAGGCUGGAGAGGCCUGAGGAUGAAAUCUCGCGAUUCGGACAGACGAUUUGUGACAUGCUGAGGAAAGUGCCUGAAGACGACCAGGGCGACGCAAUGCAAGCAGUAUACAAUCUGCUGUAUGGAUUCCGCAAGCGUCCUUGUUGUAUUUUGAAAAUGAAUCAAAUCGAAGAACGCAUCGCGGAAGAAGUCCGAAAUUAUGAACACCUAUAUGACACCUCGUUGAGGGGCUAUAAGGACGCCCAAAAGGCAAAUAAUUCCUGGAAGGAAAUAGCAGAGAAUGUAGGCUUGUCUGUCCCUGAAUGCAUUAAAAGAUGGAGGUCGCUGAGGGACAAAUUCGUUCGUAUUCAACGAAAGAUGACCAGCAGCAGUGGGGAUGCAGGCGGUCAACAUAAGGUCCCGGCGCUCUCUUUUCUCUCCUGGCUGGGACCCCACAUAAAGCAUCGGGAGACGUCAUCAAACUACGAUGUGAAGGAUCAUACCUCACAGGGGAGAGAUAAUGGAGGACCAUUGGAGCUAUUGGCUCCCAUUGAUGACUGCCAGUCAUCCCCCUCAUCUUCCCCCGUGGAAUCCAGAUCAUCCUCCCCUGCACCAUCAAAUUCAUCUAUGUCCACUCCGCUUUCCACCUUCCCAUCUCCAAGACGGCGCCAACUCCUCAGUCCCGCACGGGACGGAAAUUUUACUCAAGAAAUUGGACAAGCUGGAAAAGAGCAGGUUGCUGAUUCAAAGGAGGCUGGAAAGGCCUGAGCACGUUAUCAAGAUUCAGACAGACGGUGUGUGACAUGCUGAGGAAAGUGACAGGAGAUGAUGCGAUGCACGCAGUGUAUAAUGUGCUGUAUGGACUCCGCAAGCGUCCAUACAGCAGCUAACCAAACACCAAACGCUAAAGAGAAUGUGGCAAAUUGCACUUUUAAAGUUUGUUUUUAGCCAUUAAUAUUUAUAUUAGUUAAAUCAUUUAAUUUUUUUUAACAGACUUGUCUAUUUGUUUUAUAAAGUACCAAUAAAACACAAAAUAAGAUUUGAAAGUUUAUUUGCAACACUAUUUACAUGGUUUGCCUUUGCAGUCAGCAUACAAAAUAAAUUGGUUCUGCUUCAGCUGUUGCCAAGUGUGCCACGUGACACAAUGUCAUCCUGCCAUGGUACCACUCCCUGUGGCUCCAGAGAGAAUUUCGCCAGUUCAUCUGAUACCCAUUAGCAACCCUGGUGGAACUGCUCCUGGACAUCUCUGCUGGUUGAAUAGACUUAGACUUGUUUUAUUGUAUUAAACAUUUCGUUACCUUGGCUCACGGUGGAGUGGACACAGAAUAUAAAAAGAUGGCAUGAAGUAAAAAAGGUUAAAAUACUAAGAGGGUAGGGGGGAGCGUAGAUGGUUUAUUUAUUGGCUGCGGGUGUUCAACAGUCUAAUGGCCAGGGGGAAGAAACUUUCACUGAACCUAGAUGUCCUACUGUGGAUGCUGCGGAACCUCCUGCCAGAGUUCAGCAUGGAAAACAGUCCGUGCUGAGGGUGGAUGGAGUCGGAGAUGCGUUGGGCUCUGGUUAGGCAGCGCUUCUUCCCAACGUCCCGGAUGGAGGGGAGCGGGGACCCGAUGUUUUUCUCCGCUGUCCUCACCACUCUCUGCACAUACUUCAAGGCCUCGCAGGCCCCCCACCAGACGGAGAUGCAGCUGGUCAGCAGACUCUCGAUAGCGCCUCUGUAGAAGGUGAUCAGGAUGGGGGGGGUGGAGGAGGGGCUUUCCUCAUCAGGCGCAGGAAGUGCAGGCGUUGCUGUGCCUUCUUCGCCAGGGAGAUGGUGCUGAGGGACUAGGUUAGCUUGUCGGUCAUUUGCACCCCCAGGAACUUAGUUCUGCUGACUACUUCCACCGCAGUGUCAUUGAUGUGGAGUGGUGUAUGACUAGGCCGAGAUUUUCAGAAGACGACAUUGAUCUCCUUUGUCUUUUCAACAUUGAGGAUCAGGUUGUUGACUUUGCACCAGUCCAGCAUGUUUCACCUUGUCCCUGUAGGCCAGUUCAUUGUCAUCCUGGAUGAGGCCCACAACAGUUGUUGUGUCGUCCGCAUACUUCAAGAAGUGGUUGAAUAGGUCCCAGGUUUAAGACGCCAGACACAACUCUGCGACACUCACCAGGUUGCACCAAUCCAGCAGA